AUGGCCAUAAUUAUGGUGAGUUUUUGUUCUUUAUUACAGCACUAUGAAAAAGCAGACAAACAGGUCAAGGAGGAAGUGGAGAUUCAAGUGUCUGUUGCUCUGCUGUCUCUUCAGGAGGAGGAGGAUCCUAAAUUUCCAGUACAUACUAAGGACCACGUGCAAACCCCAAAUCUUGAAAUACUAGCAGUGGAGGAGGAUCCUCUGUCCUCAUUAAAAACCGAAGCCUAUGUACAAAGCUCAAAUCCUGACAUACUGUCGGGGGAGGAGGAGGAGGAAGAAGAGAAGAGCGAGCUGGUGGAAGGAGGGGAACUAGAAUUUUUGUCUCUAUUACAUUUUGAGGUUCAAGAGCAAUCUUCACAUCUUGAAACAUCAGUGGAAGAGCCUCUGACAUUCUUAAAAACUGAGGCACUAGUGCAAUCCUCAAAUCUUGAAAUACUAGAGAAACAGAAGCUUCCAUCCCUAUUGGAUACUGAAACUGAGGUUCUCAUCUCAGAUCUGGACAUAAGAGAUGCAGAGAAAACUUCACUCUCAACAGAUACUGGGUUGAAUGUACCAACAAAGAACAGGAGCAGAAAUCUGUCUGGUCUCUUCAGUCUUCUGGAUAUUCCAGGAGAGCAUGAGGAACCCUUAACUCAAAAGCAAAUAGCAGCAUUCAAUGAUGUCUUCAAGGUUUUCAACAGCACAGAGGGUAACAUUAAGAUGCGUGGCCUCAAGCUGAUUUUGCACAGUGUGGGCAUUAAUGUAACGCAUCAAGAAAUCCGUGAGGCACUGAAUCGAGCUGAUAUUGAUGGUGAUGGGCAGGUGAAUUUCACAGACUUUGUAACCGUUCUGACAGAUGACCAGCGCUUUGCUCAAUCUAUGGUUCGGCCCAAAGAGAGCAUAAUACAUGACCCUUAUAGUGUAGAGACUCUCUUCUUUGAGGUUCUUACAAAGCUGGUGGAGAUGUCAGCUCUGCCGAUGAAAUCAGAGAGGGAAGUUGUAAGGUGA